AUGGCUAAUUCAGCUUUUCUUCUCUACCCAUUGUUAUUUGCAGCGUUUGUCCUCAAUUGCCAUGGAUUACAGGAGGAGAGGAAGCUUCACAUUGUGUACAUGGGAGAGCCGCCUGAAGGGGAAUUUUCUGUUGCAUCGACCCACCAUGCCAUGCUAGCAAAUGUGCUUGGAAGCGCUUCAUCAGCUAGAGAGUCACUAGUCUAUAGCUAUGGGAGAAGCAUUAACGGAUUCGCAGCCAAAUUAACUGAUAAGGAAGUUGAAAAAUUAUCAGAAAUUAAAGGAGUAAUUUCAGUGUUUCCAAAUCAAAUACUGAAGCUUCACACAACAAGGUCAUGGGACUUCAUGGGUUUCUCCAAAGGCAAACUUGGGUCAGCUGUAGAAGGGGAUGUCAUUAUUGGGCUCCUUGACACCGGAGCCUGGCCAGAAUCAAAGAGCUUCAGCGAUGAAGAUAUGACUCCACCACCUGCCAAAUGGAAGGGUACUUGCACUGGUGCCAACUUCACCUGCAACAACAAACUAAUCGGAGCCCGCUACUACAAUUCUGAUGGAUCCUAUGAUGAGAAAGACUUCGAGUCCCCAAGAGACUCCAUCGGGCAUGGAACUCACACUGCCUCAACUGCUGCAGGGAGGGAAGUGCCAGGAGCAAGCUACUAUGGAUUAGCCAAUGGUACGGCCAGAGGUGGAGUACCCUAUGCAAGGAUUGCUGUUUACAAGGUUUGCUGGGAAACUGGAUGCUCUGGUGCUGAUAUCUUGGCGGCAUUUGACGAUGCCAUAGCAGAUGGAGUCGAUAUCAUAUCCGUGUCCCUUGGUUCUGAUUUUCCAUCUCCAUAUUUCGACGAUCCAAUUGCCAUUGGCUCUUUCCAUGCCAUGAAACGUGGUAUAUUGACCUCCAAUUCUGCUGGAAACUCUGGACCUUACCCUUACUCGGUUUCCAAUUUUGCACCUUGGACUCUCACUGUUGCUGCCAGCACCAUUGACAGAAAAUUUAUUGCUAAAGCAGUGCUUGGGAAUGGACAAAUUUUUGACGGACUCUCGAUAAAUAGUUUUGAGCUCAAUGGGACCACAUAUCCCUUGAUCUGGGGUGGAGAUGCUGCAAACUUCUCUUCAGGUUCUAACAGAGAAAUAUCAAGAUAUUGUUUAACUGGUUCCAUGAAUUCAAUCGAAGUAGCCGGCAAGAUAGUUUUUUGCGAGACCCUCUGGGAUGGUUCUGGCAUUCUGUUAGCUAAUGGUGUGGGUACCAUUAUGGCUGAUUCAUCAGCCACGGAUUUUGCCUUCAGCUACCCCUUGCCAGCAACAUUGAUAUCCUCAGAAGAUGGCCAACAAGUUUUGGAAUACAUUAGAACAACAGAGAAUCCAAUUGCAACCAUUCUGUUUGGUGAGACUUGGGAAGACUACAUGGCACCUUAUGUUGUAUCAUUUUCUUCUAGAGGACCCAACCCCAUCACCCCAGACGUUCUCAAGCCUGAUAUCACUGCUCCUGGUGUGGACAUUCUUGCUGCUUGGUCUCCUGUGGCAGGACCUUCCAUCGACUGGGAAGACACAAGGAGCGUCGACUUCAACAUAAUCUCAGGCACAUCCAUGUCUUGCCCUCAUGCUAGUGGUGCAGCUGCUUAUGUUAAGGCUGCCCAUCCAGAUUGGUCUCCUGCUGCUAUCAAGUCUGCGCUCAUGACCACAGCUUAUUACAUGGACAAAAACAAGAAUGAAGACCUUGAGUUUGCUUAUGGUUCUGGUCAUAUCAACCCAGAGCAAGCACUGGACCCUGGGCUUGUUUAUGAUGCAUCAGAGGCAGAUUACAUUGAUUUCCUCUGCAAGCAAGGUUACAACAGCACUUUAAGCCUUAUCACCGGUGACAAUAGCAGCACUUGCAGCAGCACAGAGCUAGGAAGAGGAUGGAAUCUCAACUAUCCCUCAUUCCAACUUGGCGUGGAGGAUGGCCAGAGUAUUGAUGCUGUUUUCAAUAGGACAGUUACCAAUGUUGGUUCACCAAACUCAACUUACACUCUCAAUGUUUACUUCCCUUCCACUGUCACCAUUUACGUGGAGCCAUCUAUUCUUUCAUUCUCUGCUGUUGGAGAGAAGAAAUCAUACACAGUGACAGUCACGGGUUCACCAAUAACACAGCAAUCAAUUGCAUCUGGUGCGAUCACAUGGAAGGAUGGCGUCCAUUCAGUAAGAAGCCCCCUGGUGAUCUACAAUAUCCUCCCGGGCACCAUUUAUUCUUCCUACUCCACACCUGAGAAAAAACCAAACUUCAAAGGUUCAACCAUUUACCACAAGAAUGGGAUCCUAGGACGCAACUAGAUUGCAUGCAAGAUACCUUCACUGAGCAUUUCCUAUGCAUUUGAAAUUGCGGGUUAUUUAAGUUCCUUGCAAGACUGAAAAUAAAUCUUCUUUAUUAUUUUGCCUUGGGAAACAACUGAUUCCCAUCCAAUAUUUAUCACUUUGUAGUG